UUUCAAUGCCAAUUUGAUUGUGCCGGAAAACCUGAAACCAAUCAAUAAAUAGUUUAAACCAAGACCGACACCUUCUUGUGUUUUUCCUCAUUGUCUUAUCUCAGAUUGGAUACUCAAAUAAAAAACAUGAAUUUCUCUGCCGGCGAAAUGGUCGACAAUUGCAGCGACAGCACUGGCGCAGGAAACUGCACUUGGGCGGAGCCGACCGGAUUGGUCCCGUCCUAUCCGGAUAUCACCGGCUGGCUCCAGUUCUCCAUCACCACCCAGUUCCUGCUGAUUUUCGUCAUUUUCUUCACCAACGCUACGGUGCUGGUCCUGGUCGCCUAUUUCAAGACCCUGCAGAAUUUGGAGAACUCGUUCAUUGUGAGCAUGGCAGUUGCAGAUGGGUUGUUGUCUGUUGCCUUGAUACCAGGGGUAGAUAUCACUCUAAAUCCCACCCGAGCCAGUAACAAGUACGCUUGUCUGUUGCUGUGGUGCUCCAUAAUGUUCUCAUCAACCGCCAGUGCGUUCUCCCUUCUUGCUCUGAGUCUAGACCGGUAUCUCAAGAUAGUCUACCCCCUGCAUCAUUACAUGACCUCAGCCUGGGCUUGUGGCAUCUUGGCGUUCGUCUGGAGCUACACAUUCAUCACCACGUUCUUACUGCCUUUUGUCGGCGUCAACGGCAUCAAGGACCAGUCCUUCGUGUGUUUCGACUUCAAAGACGUCUUCAACAUCGCGCACCUUCAGUUUCAGUGCUACGUGAACGGCCUGGCGCCUUUCCUGGUGAUGUUUGUCAUGUACGGUAAGAUCCUCGCGGUAGUCUGGGAGAAACUCCGGGCAGAAUCUGACCAGAUACCGGCCGGAGCCGAAGGCGAGGAGGCCGGCCGAGGCAAGAAGUGGCUCCGGCGGGAGUUGAAGGUGAUCAAGAAGCUGACCAUGGUGCUUGGUACGACCGCAGCAGCCUGGAUACCGACCACCUGCAUGCUCCUGAGGCAGAUCUACGACCCGACGUACUACCCGACAUUUCAGACCCGAGUCAUUCUGAGCACCCUGACGUAUAUGAACAGCGCCGUCAACCCGCUGCUCUACUCCUUGCGACUCCGGCCGUUUCGUGAAGCGCUGUCCAAGAUUUGUUGUAGACGGUGUCAGGGGCCUACUGCCGUCCAUCCAUCGGGUGGCUCGUCAACAGAUCCUGCCUGAACCUGCGAGUACUCCCCCGUCAUUCCUUCACUCCUUGAUCCGUUUGUCUAGUAAAGAUCCGUUCGUCCCUUAAUUCCCAUCCAAUUAUCCACCCUCCUCUUUUGUUUUUAUAAUUACACCAAUAAUGUACAGAGCCGGUAAAAAAA